AUGAUCCAACUUUUGGUCCUCGCGGCCCUCGCAGCGCCGGCCGCUGCGCACCAGACCCUCUGGCACCCGGCCAUGUACGGCUGGGCCAAGGACAUGUCUCUGCCUGAGGCAGACUUCACAUUCGACCAAUGGUGGUUCAAGGGCGAGCUGAACGAUCCGCCUGCCGCGAAUGAGACCAUGUCCCUUCCCUCCGGUGGCACCUUCCACGCCCAGAUUGCCUCCAAUGUUCAGUUUACACACUUCCCCGACCAUGGAUACGACUACGACGACGCAAAGGACAGCUCUGCCCUAAAGGCCCAGGAUGGGAACAUCAUGUCAGGUCUGAAGAAGGACGGUUCUGUCCACUCGGCAGACCCUUAUGGCACCCCGAUCGGCGAGACAAAGGAUCUCAAGGGCUGCGCCAUUGCCAUUGCCUACGAGUCUGAUGUGACCAAGAUCAAGCCAGAGGACUUUACCGUCAUCACUACCAACCACAGCUGCGCGUGGUAUCGCGAUACCGACUUCCAGAUCCCAUCCGGUUUGCCCGCCUGCCCAGAGGGUGGGUGCCACUGCAUGUGGGGAUGGAUCCACAGUGCUAUUGCUGGAUCGUCCCAGAUGUUCACCAUUGGCUACCGCUGCAACAUCACCAACCCGGACCUCACUGCACCAUCCAUCCCUGCGCCUGAGAUAGCUCGCAAGUGUCCAUUUGACAAGAACAACUGCACCGUCGGCUCCAAACAGAUGCAUUACUGGCUGCAAAAGGAGCGCAACAACAACUUCCAAGAGAGCCACGACCCACCAUUUUACAAUGAAGACUACGGGUUCAUGAACGGAGCGCAAACAGACCUGUGGGAGGCUCACAAGGCUUUCGGACCCGUCAACGAGAGUGACUGGGCUCCCGGCACUCUUGCGACCUCGACCAUGAACAUUGCCAUCACCCCAGCGUCUUCCGGACCGUACGCCACUGUCAAUGGGUCGUCGACAGGCGGUGGGACCGGUGCUUCGACCCCGACCCCGACCCCGACCCCAGCUAUUGCUUCAACUGCCGCUACUGGUAACUUGACUACAGCUGUCGUUUCUACACCUGGAUAUGAGGCUGCAGCCCAACCAACAACGGACAGCACUAAUGACAACACGACGCCGGUGGCUACUGCGAUUGGAAGUACCGCCGGUAACGACACAGUAGCUGAGUCCACCCUGGCCGAAGACGCCAGUGUUACCACUCCCGCCUCAACGCCAACCAUCGCGAGCAGCGGCAAGAAGAAGUGCUCCAAGCGCCGCCGUCGUUCUCGCACGCACUAG